AUGACAUUGGAUCGCCCCUUCAAAUACCCGAAACAGUGGACUGAACCCAUCACCUUUACAGAGGCCGACUGCACAGGCAUUCGUUACCCUCACGACGACCCCCUCAUCAUCUCUGCUCUUUUAUCCAAUUACAAAGUCAGAUGGGUGCUUGUCGACAAUGGUAGCUCUUCAGACAUCAUCUUUCUAAACGCCUAUCACCGGCUUAAGGUCGAAGAAAAAAAAUUGUCCCAUCUUCAAACCCCGCUAGUCGGUUUUACUGGCGAUCGGGUGACCUCUAUAGGCUCUAUCGAUCUCCCCAUCACCAUCGGAGAAUAUCCAUGGCAGACCACCAAGCUACUCACCUUCCUCGUCGUCGACUGUUCCUCUGCUUAUAACAUAAUCCUCAGACGCACGGCUCUCAACGCUUUCCAAGUUGUUACCUCCACAUACCAUUUGGCUAUGAAAUUCUCGACCGACUUCGGGGUCGGCACUGUGAGGGGCGAGCAGACGAUGGCCAGAGAAUGCUACGUCACCUCACUAAAGGAAGUCAAGAUGAAGGAGAGUAUGAUCAUCGAAGGUCUCGACGUCAAAGACGAGGAAGAAUUAGUCAGAGGGGAACUAGUGGAGAAACUUGUCGAAGUGCCCACCGAUCAUACCAACUCAGCUAAAACAGCCAGGAUUGGCAAUCAACUAUCCUCUCGGGCCAAGGCCGAUCUCACAGCUCUCUUAGCCGAGUACAACGAUGUCUUUGCCUGGACCCACUCAGACAUGCCAGGUAUCGAUCCCUCUUUCAUCAUUCAUCACCUCAGUAUUAAGCCCCACUUUCGAUCUUUUCGUCAGAGGCAGCGCAUUUUUCACCCAGAACACAAUACCCUCAUUACCUCUGAGGUGGACAAACUACUGAAGGCGCAGUUCAUCAAGAAUGUGGACUACCCCAGGUGGCUGUCCAAUGUAAUCUUGGUCCGCAAACACAAUGGUAAAUGGCGACUUUGCGUCGACUACUCCGACCUUAAUCGGGUUUGCCCCAAAGAUAGUUAUCCUCUCCCCCAGAUAGAUCUGCUGGUCGACACAACUGCUGGACAUCAAAUGCUUAGCUUCAUGGAUGCUUUCUCCGGCUACAAUCAAAUCUUGAUGCACCUGGCCGACUAG